CAUGAAUGAUCAUAAAAGGCAUGAUCAUGAAUAUAGAACAAAGAAAUUAUCUUUCAGUCAUAUUUUAAACUAAUUAUAAACGGGUAUCAAGGUACGCCGAAAAAGUUACACUUGUUUGUGGUUUCACGUUUGUCACCUGUCCCGCUCGUGAAAUUAGAAAUCCAGAGCAUUGCAGUUUGAUGAUUAUUUUCGACAGAAAUGGCAUUUACACGAUUUUUAGAAUUACUCUUCUUCGUGUAUUUUGCAGUACACAUACCAGUGUCUAUCUUGUUCGACUCACAGGCCAUAUUUCCUCGGCAGUGGUACCCAGACUUUUUGGUGACCCCUAAAUUGGAGUAUACCACUCAAUACAAAGAUGUUCUUUUUGCAGAGCUUCCCAUCUGGUAUAAAUCUUUCGUGUAUGUAGAGAUAUUCAUCCAGUUUCCAUUCUUCUUUGUAGCCGCUUAUGCAUUCUACAAAGGCAACUGCAAGUGGAUCCGGAUCCCUGCCAUUGUAUAUGGUGCUCAUACAGCAACCACAGUAAUACCGAUUGUAGCUGAGAUCUUUUUCAAUGAUUUUGCCAAUGCCACCAUCCCCGCCCCAAGUACCUUCCAAGAGAGAGCAACCCUUGUUGGGAUUUAUGCCCCAUUCCUUGUUGUUCCAUUCAUCUUGUUAUUCACCAUGCUCUUCAACACAGAUUACAUUGAUGGAGGAAGAGAUAGAAAACAAAAGGCUAAUUAAGCAAGGUUUGGUGUCUUUAUUUAGGAGAGGGAAACAAUUACAUUCCAUAAUUUUACAAACUGAUGGAUUUGAGGAAAAGGUUCCUCUUAUUGUUCUUAUCAGUGCUUUUGCUUUUAUAAGAGCAGAAAUGAUGUUGGCAUAUUCCAUAUCACUGAAGACACACUUGCUGCUUUUAAACUUAAAGGGGAAUCCUACCAGAAAAAAAAAAAUUAGGGAAAAAGAAAAGAUAGACAAGUAGGGGUAUUAAGUUUGAACAAUAAGAAAGUUAUGAAUUUCUAAACUUGUAAAUAUGGGUCAUCAUUAUACCAAUGGAGACUACAAACUGACCAUAUUGAUAAUAUCAUAGCGAUGUGAGGCAAGGAUUACUCUUUUAUUUUCUCCAAAACAAAUAAUGGAUAAUUUUUUUUUUUAAAUUUUACAACAAAUUAUCUAAUUUUUCAUUAGGAUAUAAAACAAUAAGCUACCUUGGUUAUAUUUUAAUUUCUGCCUCAGGUGAAUAGCCUAGGUAUAGUUAUUAGGAAGAAACAACAUGACCUAUGGGAACGUUGUCCCCGACACUUGUCAUACAUGUAUGAGAUUUACAUGGUCCUUAAUAGGGAUCUCAAUUUACAACAGCCAUAAUUUUCUUAUAUUGCUUGUCUGAUUUCUUUCAAACUUUCACCAUUCUGUUUACUUAUUUUUCUCCUCUCUCAUAUUAUUACCAAAUUGGGUUCCACCCUUAAUAGUAUAUGAAUUGAGGGACCAAAUAUUCUGAAUGUAGGCGAAGUUCUUAUUUCAAGCAUAUUUCCUGUAAUUUCCAUUAAUUCAGGGAGAAUGUUCUAGACAAAGUAGUGCAUUAUGGGUUAACUAUUGAUCAACUGAACUACAAAAAUACAAUUUAAUGAAAUGUAUGUGUAUGAUGUGCUAUCACUAUUUUAUUUUUCAUUUUUAUGAAAUUACUAGAUGGACUCUUUCUUUCUGCCUUGUCAAAUAGUGACUAUAUGUAUAUCACUGAAAUGCAACUAAAUUUGCAAAGGAGUUUUAUAAUUUGUUAAGGAGUUUUAUAAUUUGUUAAAACUUUCAUUUGAAAAAGGAAGCUCAUUUAGUUAGAUUUUCGUUUAGAUAUCAUAAAGUAGUUUUUUUUUGUUUUUUUUUGAUCUUGUGCAACAACAUUGUGGUUUAAACAAAAUUGUGCAUUGGAAUUAAAAUAUUUUAUGUACUUGCUUCCAGGAUCUUAUGAAGUAAGGAUUUCUCAAUUGGUAAAUUUGUACAAUUGUAGAAGCACUUGUAGUACCUUCUGUAAUUUUAUGAACUGUUUUUUAUGAUUUGACGUUGUAUACUACAAAUGCUGCUUAGAACAAAUGAUUAGUUGAAAGUAUAAAAUCAGGAUAAAAAGGUAUUCAUUUGAAAGUUUGAUUUUUUAUGGUAUAGGCACAGUGAAAGAAAAAAGCCAUUAUUAGGAAUUAUAUUGGGAAUAUUGCCAUACUGCAUGUAUUGUCAUUUACAUAUAGAAUCAGGGAUUUGAUAUUUCAGGGAUUUUCAUUUAUAAGUAUUUCAGAAAUAUUCCUUCAACAGGACUAUCGCUUUGUUAUUUUGAAAAAAUUACAAGAUAAAUUUUUUUAUGUUUCUUCCAUGUAUGCAUGUAGUUGUGGAUGCAGUUUAAUAGUAUUCAUUGCUCUUCAAAACGGAUCAUCACCACCACCACCAUCAUCAAUUCAUAAUCAUCAUCAUCAUAUGUCAUACAUACAUAUCAUACAUCAUCGGUCAUUGUCAUCAGUUCCUAAUCAUCAUCAUAUGAUGUAUCAUCAUGUAUCACUAUUGGAUUAUUCCCAGCAGUAUUUGUGUAAUUUUUUUAUACCAUAAAAUGUGUACUUCUAUCGAUUUUGAAAAUGAUAUCUGAUAAUCAGAUUUCAUAUCAGUGUCUAUGCUUGUGCACAUUUCUCUUAAUUAAAUCAGAUAAAAUUCAUUAUAUAGUCCAAGCUUUUAUAAUAAUUUCAUUCAUACUGGAUUGACUGUGUAUUAUGAAUGUGAGUAUUGAGAUAGAAUGGGAGGACAAGACUUACAUCUGAUAGUGUUUCAUGUAAGCUGUUCUGAAAGGCAUAAAUCAUUUAAUAUCUCCAAGGCAAAAUGAAUUGAAAUUGAAAUUUGCAUUUUUAGGGCAACUAAAGAAAAGACCAAUUUACUGAAACAUGAAUAGCAUAAAUCAUUUUAUUUACAAUAAUAAUAGAUAUUUACAAUAUAUGUACAUGUACAUUAAAAGGGAUAGUGAUUUUCCAUUUUACCGGUAAAUCAAAGUGAAAAAUCUGUUGUUUUUCUAAUGCAAAAAUUCACUGACUUUCCCUUUGCAAAACAGUUGCUGGGUUUAUUUUGUAGGAAAAAAUGAAAUUUCCAUUUCAGAUCAAGUUUGAAACGGAAUUACAGAUUUUCAGAAACAUGAAAGACAAAUUUAUGAAAUUUCUAGAAAAUCAUUGUCCAUACAUUAAUCAGACAGGAUAAAACAAGCAAAGCUGUUAAAUAAGACACCUGUAGUUUAGUUAGUGGAUGGACUUGAGACUAGGGUUCAUGGAUACUUCAUGAUUUGAAUAUAUAUAAUGAUUGUCAAUAUAUGUAUUCCAUGAGAAUUUAAUCUAAUGAAUUUUUAUUUUGAUAUUCAAGAAUAAAAUUGUGAUUUACUUGUGAUUCCCUGAUAAUCUUGGAUUCUACUAAAUUCUGAUUACACAAGUAUCAUACUUUACUAGGCCAGCUUGUGUAUAACACAUUAUGCCUAAGCUAACUGUGACAUCAAACGCAGUACUUUCUAUAUUAGUUUGUAAGUACAAUCUGUGAAUUAAUACAAAAUAUAAAACUUGCUGACAAAAAAGUUGCCUUACCUAGCAACAUUCAGUUUGUGCAAGGGGCAGAUUCCAAACACUGAACCUUGUUGAUUCUUAAAAGUGAAUGAAAAGAAUAGCUUGUCUCAAGGUGCUUGUAGCUAGAAAUUGUAUCUAACAUUGGAAUGCCCUACAGUAUCAGUCUAUUGUUGGUACAUUCCUGCAAGGUAUUCAUUUUUUAAAACAGGAUAAUGAGCAAUUAGUGAAGUAACUCUUACUUUGUGAGUCCCUGAUCAAUAAAGUGCACACUUCUCUACAUUUUGAAAUAUUUGCAGAUAUUACAGGUCAUUUGGGAUAUGUGCUAACUAUGAACUGAUCUUUUGUGAUGUAACAUAGAAAGGAUACGCGAGACAAACAAUUAUUAAGCACAAGUGUGAAACCUUGGAACUUGCUUAUCUUGCACAAUGGCACACAAACACCUAAUCUUUACAACAUUUCUACAAACAUCUGGCACCUUUUUAGCAAGAAUCCUGCUAAGAAUCUUUACAGAGACUAUCCACACUCCCCACUCUCUUGUCUCUGCUGAAAGAUCCUCUUUACUUUUAUUAAGGUGCCUCAUUGACCAAUGAUUUUAUGGGAAGGGCAACUAUUCAUUCUAUCCAUAUCAAUUCUAUCAAUUAAAUUUUCAUGAAGAAAUUUCCAUAGGCAUGUAGAAAUUGAAACCAAAUAUUUCUUGCUUUCUGAAAUGACUGCAAUUGACCUCUACAUACAUGUAUAUCAUUGAAAGCUAUUCAAACUUUCACAUAGGAUUAGGAAUACCUCAAUAUUUCUUCUAUCCAGAGUGUGGGAGGAAGGAGGAAUAGAUAUUCAUGUACUGAAUAGAAAACCAAGGAUGACAAUACAAUUCUUGAAUUAUUCAAAUAGUUCACCUUCAAUCAGAAAUACAAAAAAAGAGGACACUUUUCCACUAUAUGUAUAUUCAGCCUACAGUGAAUUGGAAUCUAUAUAUGUUAACAAUCAUGGCAAAAUCUGAUACUCUGAAGAGAUGAUUUAUGGGCCAAAAGUGAUAUACAGUAAAAUCAUUUUUUUUCAUGUAAUUUCAGAUUUUUUUUUCAUUAUCAUACCACAACACUGGGAAAUGCAAAUUUUACUGGAUAUUGAGAAAGUAGAAUUCAAUAUUUGAAAUAUUUAAAUAGCUUUUUCA